AUGAAUUAUAUAAAUAAUAUAAGCGUUGAUACUUUGGAGACAAAUAUUAAUACCGUAGUGAGUGAAAAAACAACUGUCAAACAGGACUUAGUCAAGGAGGAUCAGAUCGGAGAGUGCCUUAAAUUCAAGAAAACGAAACGAUAUGAUGUGAAUAAGAUAGCUGAUGUGUGGAAGAUCACGUUUUAUACAAUUCCUACAACACUUAAGUGUUUCAGGCUUCACAUAAAAAAAGUCAGCUUUGAGGACCAGAAGCGAUAUGAGGCUACAUAUGGUGACUUUGAUGAUAAAGUUAAGUGGAGGAACUGCAUCUUAGAAAUAACUUCGAGUGAAAACAAGCGUUUUGAUGUACAAAGACGACAUUUUCUCCAGACAAAUGAUUUACAAAAUGGUGUAAUGGAAAAUAUUAUUAUAGAUCAGGAACGUAACGGUAACACAACAUCUGUUCUACAUGAGGAGAGCCCUGAUCAGUGGCUGGUAGUGAAAAACCUUUUGCUCAUGAGGGAUUGUAACACUGGCGACGUAGUAGUAUUCUCAAGGGUGCCUUCAGAACCAUUGAUGAAUGAUAUAGAAGACGCCUUAGUGGAGUUUGGCGAAUCUGGUCCUAUUAAUGGAACGAGAGCUUGUGAAGGUUUCGUAAAAGCCUGGGUAAAAGUAGGUUGA